AUGAACUCUGCCUUUCAUGACGAUCUCUUGACAUCAGAUUCCCCUUUUUGUACAUACACGUGUCUCCUCUGAUCCUGUGGAGAUGAAAAUUGACAUCCACACUCAUAUUCUACCAAAGGAAUGGCCCGAUCUAGAAAAGAGGUUCGGCUAUGGAGGCUGGGUGCAGCUCCAACAGCAGGGCAAGGGAGAAGCAAGGAUGAUGAAAGACGGGAAGGUCUUCAGAGUGAUCCAACAGAACUGCUGGGACCCAGAAGCUCGUAUCAGAGAAAUGGACCAGAAAGGAGUGACAGUGCAGGCUCUUUCCACGGUUCCUGUCAUGUUUAGCUACUGGGCCAAGCCUAAGGAUACUUUGGAGCUCUGUCAGUUUUUAAACAAUGACCUAGCUGCCACCGUUGCCAGAUACCCUCGAAGGUUUGUGGGUUUGGGGACAUUGCCUAUGCAAGCCCCAGAGCUGGCCGUCGAGGAGAUGGAGCGUUGUGUGAGAGAACUAGGAUUUCCUGGUGUCCAGAUUGGCUCCCACAUCAACACGUGGGACCUGAACGACCCGGAACUCUUCCCUGUCUACACCGCAGCUGAGAGGCUGAACUGUUCUCUGUUCGUGCAUCCCUGGGAUAUGCAGAUGGAUGGUCGAAUGGCCAAAUACUGGCUGCCUUGGCUCGUAGGAAUGCCAUCGGAGACCACCAUGGCCAUUUGCUCCAUGAUCAUGGGUGGGGUGUUUGAGAAGUUUCCCAAACUCAAAGUGUGUUUUGCACAUGGAGGUGGUGCCUUCCCCUUCACAAUAGGAAGAAUCGCCCAUGGAUUCAACAUGCGACCAGAUCUCUGUGCCCAGGACAAUUCAUCUGACCCUAGGAAAUACCUUGGCUCCUUCUACACAGACUCCCUGGUUCACGAUCCUCGGUCUCUGAAGCUGUUGACAGAUGUCAUAGGAAAGGAUAAAGUCAUUCUGGGAACUGACUACCCCUUCCCACUAGGGGAGCAGGAGCCCGGGAAGUUGAUAGAGUCCAUGGGAGAAUUCGACGAAGAAACAAAGGAUAAACUCACAGCUGGCAAUGCCUUGGCUUUUUUGGGUCUUGAGAGAAAACUAUUUGAAUGUCACAAUUAACCACCGAAAAACAAACUUCCAAGAAGCUACAUCACUUCUGUCUUUGAACAUGAGUCAUACACACAUCACUAAAAUUCUAUUUUGAAUUAUGUUACCCAAAAAAUGGAAUAUCCCCCUCAGGACAAUGCAGGAGGAUCAGGAAUUCAAAUUCCAGGCCAGUCUGGGCUGAGACUGUCUUUAAAUGAAAAGGGGUGCAGGGUGAGGGGUAGCAUUCCCAAGUACUCUAACUUAUUAAUAACAAGAUGUUUCAUAAGGUCUUUAUUUUGAAAUGUAAUGUACUAAAAAGCAGUACAUUGCUACAUAUGCAAAUCAAAACUAUUUAAUUUGAAAGAGAUUAAAAAUUAAUGUAUAAUUAAUGAUCUACAUAGAGAAAAUCCAACACCAGCCUUAUUCUAGAAAGCCCAGGUGGUUUCUCUAUUUUGAUCAAAGAUAUGGGAAUUGUGCCCAAAUAAUCUGUUUUGUUUUUUUUUUCAGUUGUAACCCUUUCCAAUAGUCUAGUCAUUCCCUGGGAACAUUUUUGUCUUUGUAAACUACACACAGGAUAUGUGCAAACUCAAAUGUUCCAAAAGCCAGUUAAGAAAGUAAGGCAAAUGCUCAUGGAACAAUUGCUGAAUGAUCCACCAGAAAGCUCAAAGACACUUCAGUCCAAUUUAUUUUAGUCUCCCAGAGUUUGGCAGAUCUUAGAACUUGGGCUGAGUCCAGGAGGAUGGAUGGACACUUCUUUAAAAAGUAAAAAGAUGGUGGGCUGGGCAUGGCGGUGCAUGCCUCUCAUGCCAGCACUCAGAAGGCAGAGGUAGGCAGUGGAUCUCUGAUUGAGGCUAGCCUGGUCUGCGCAGCAAGCUGUAGGCCAGCCAGCCAAGGAUACAUAGUGAGAGUCUGUCUCAAAAAUAAAUAAGUAAGUAAAUAAACAGAAGAGGGAAGGUAGAUCAGAAGAAAAAGCUAUGGGGACAGAGGUGUGACUCAGGAUGGAUGAAACUUGUUCUAAAGGGAAUUUCAUCUGUAAGUUUACGUUUACCAGAGCAGGAGGUGGAGUGAGCUCUGGGGAGUGAGAUGACACCAUGAUACCCUUUGUUCAAGGCCCACCGGUCCACCUGAGUCGCAGCAAAGGGACUUGGGUCUGGGGCAGGGUAGCACGCAGCAUCUCUCCUUCCCAUCAGAUAAUCUUUCCAUACUGCACUCUUAACUUGGGAGUCAUACUUGCUUUUCUUCCCGUUAUUCUACAGAACCAGGCUCCCUGUUAAUGCAUACCUUGUGCGGCUCUGCAACAGAGAAAGAUGAGACCUAAUCCAUGCUCCCUGACUCCCAUUCUCUCUCUCUCUCUUUUUUUUUUUUCCGCCACCUGUGCUUCAAUACCCUCCCUCCUUCCGGCUCCUCUCAUUGCUUUCUAGAAUUUUCCCCAACUCUACUUACUACUCCAAUCUGUCUUGAAAGAAAAAUAAAGUUGAACAAAGCAACAA